UUCAAGCUAAAUUAGUAGUUGGUAUAAUUUCAAGACUAAUGAAUAUGUUUAAUUUAACUUUGAUAAAAUUACCAAAUGGCUGGCACAGGCAGCUACUGCUUUUAUCUUUCAAUAACAUAGGUGGGCGUCAGCCAGGCCAAGCCUCCGCCUCAGUCCCAGGCACAAUACAACUAAAUUAUUCAACACAAUUUGCGAGAGGUCUUUCACAAACCGGUAGCGGUACAAGCCCCACGUUUCCACAGGCAGCUCGAGUUUCUUAUCAGUCAGCGUUGGGCGUUCGUCGGGCUUGGUUUAAUAACAUUUAUUUGACCGCAAAUUGCGCAGGCAAUACAAAUUACUAUAGCAGCAGAGCAGGCGCCAACAGCACUAUGUCCGAGCAGGCGUACUUUGUGGGCGUGGACGUGGGCACGGGCAGUGCGAGGGCAGCGCUAGUUAAUGCCAAAGGCCAAGUGGAGCAGCAAGCAGUAGAGGCGAUCAAAACCUGGACACCAGAGCCGCACUUCUACGAGCAAUCGAGUGAAGAUAUUUGGUAUGCAAUCUGUAAGGUUGUCAAGCAUGUCAUUUCCGGUGUCAAUAAGACGCAAGUGAAGGGCAUUGGGUUCGAUGCAACCUGCUCCCUGGUCAUAUUGGGUGCUAAUGGAGCACCCCUGACGGUGAGCAAGAGCGGCGCGGCCGAACAAAAUAUCAUUCUAUGGAUGGAUCAUCGCGCUGAGCUGGAGACGGACGAGAUAAAUGCUGCCAAGCAUGCGCUCUUGAAAUACGUGGGCGGUCAGGUUUCGCUGGAAAUGGAGAUACCCAAAUUGCUGUGGCUGAAGCGUAAUUUGCCGCAGACAUAUAGAAGUAUUUGGCGGGCAUUCGAUUUGCCGGACUUUCUGACCUGGCGUGCAACAGAUACGGACACUCGCUCGCUUUGCUCGGUGGUGUGUAAAUGGAACUAUGAUGCAGCCUCCCACAACUGGAGCGCUGACUUUCUACGCGGCGCCGAUCUGGAGGAGCUGACGCGUGACAAGUUCGCGGCACUUGGCAGCGAUGUGCAGCCGCCGGGUAAGCCUGUGGGCAAAGGCUUAUCUCAGCGAGCCGCCUCAGAGUUGGGCCUGGCCGUGGGCACCGUGGUCAGCACAUCGCUGAUUGAUGCACACGCCGGUGCACUGGGCAUGUUUGGGUGCCGUCCCGAUGAAGGAGACGACGACGUGCAGGGCAAAAUGGCUUUAAUUGCAGGCACAUCCACUUGCCAUAUGAGCAUUACACGCGAUGCCUGCUUUGCCCAGGGUGUAUGGGGUCCGUACCAAGAUGCCAUCAUACCGGGUUACUUCUUGAACGAGGGCGGUCAAUCGAUUGCCGGCCAUCUGCUUGAUCAUGUGCUCAAAACGCAUGAAAGCUAUCCUGAGCUGAAGGAGAAGCUAGGCGGGGACAAAUACAUUUACCAGCAUCUGAACAAGUUGCUGCCGGAACUGGCCGUCAAACGUGGCCUGAGCGAGCUGAGCUGCCUGACGCAGGAUGUGCAUGUGUGGCCGGAUCUACAUGGCAAUCGCUCUCCCGUAGCAGAUCCUACGCUGCGCGGCAUAAUCACUGGCCUAGACAUGACUCGAGGUGUCGAUUCGCUGGCUAUCAAAUAUUUGGCCUUUGUGCAGGCUCUAGCUUAUGGCACACGUCACAUCAUCGAGAAUCUUUACCAGCAUAAGCGCGCCGCUUUUCAGACGCUACUCUUUUGCGGUGGCCUGGCCAAGAAUCCACUCUAUGUGCAAUGCCAUGCGGAUAUUUGCAAUCUGCCUGCUUUGAUUCCUGAUGAACAGGAAAUGGUAUUGGUGGGGGCGGCCGCCUUGGGCGCCGCUGCCGCCGGACACUAUGACAGCCUAGAGAGCGCCUCGAAGGCCAUGGGCGGCACUGGGCAACUGUUGAUGCCAAACGCCAACACAGUGGAACUGCAUAAUCGAAAGUACAAAGUCUUUCUAAAGCUAUUGGAUCAUCAGCGGGAGUAUAGAGACAUUAUGCAGGCAAACAGUGCAUAAAUUCCACACAAAACUUUUAAAUGGUCAACACUUGAAACGAAUUUUAUGAAUAUGUAAAACUGCACACUCGGUAACAAAGACUUGUGGUGAGACAGGUACAGUUGAUCUAUCUUGACUGAGAUCCACAACUAGGCAAUAAAAGCAGCCGCCUUGGAGUCAAUUUUGCUGCGGCAAACAGGGCA